UAUUUCCGGGUUAGCGAAAGUUCGCCUGUGCUGCACAGAAAGCCAGGACUGUCUGCAAAGGAGGACUGCCCUCUGUCCCGUUGUGCUCCUGGUGUGUGUGUGCACCAUGGCGAGCCUUCUGCGUGUCGUGGCAACCAGCUGUUCUGCUCCCGUGUUGGCUGGUGUCUCCAGUGUGAAGCUUCAAAGCGGCCAGAAAUUGAAAAUAUCAUGCCUGCGCUUCUUCAGGACCCACCAGGCCCUCGGAAGGUGUGCAAGUCCAGGAAUUCCUUACAAACAGCUGACGGUGGGCGUUCCAAAAGAGAUUUUCCAGAAUGAGCGACGUGUGGCUCUGUCUCCCGCCGGCGUCCAGGCGCUCAUCAAACAAGGCUUCAACGUUAUUGUGGAGUCCGGCGCUGGAGAGUCUUCCAAGUUCAAUGACGAGCACUACAAGCAGGCUGGAGCUGCGAUCAAAGAUAUCAAGGAUGUCUUGUCCUCAGACGUGGUAGUCAAGGUGCGCGCUCCCAUUUUCAACCCUGCUUUGGGCGUCCAUGAGGUGGACAUGAUGAAGGAGGCCGCUACUUUAGUCAGCUUCAUCUACCCGGCUCAGAACCCGGAGCUCAUGGACCUGCUGUCACAAAAGAAGGCCACAGUGCUGGCCAUGGACCAAGUGCCCAGAGUCACCAUCGCCCAGGGUUACGACGCCCUCAGCUCUAUGGCAAACAUUGCUGGGUAUAAGGCAGUUGUGUUGGCAGCCAACAGCUUUGGUCGUUUUUUCACUGGUCAAAUAACAGCAGCAGGGAAAGUUCCACCUGCAAAAGUGCUGAUUAUUGGAGGUGGAGUGGCUGGACUGGCAGCAGCUGGGACAGCCAGGGCCAUGGGAGCCAUCGUCCGAGGUUUCGAUACCAGAGCCGCAGCUUUGGAGCAGUUCAAAUCUUUGGGCGCAGAACCUCUUGAGGUUGAUAUUAAAGAGUCAGGAGAAGGCCAGGGGGGCUACGCCAAAGAAAUGUCAAAGGAGUUCAUCGAGGCUGAGAUGAAGCUGUUCGCCAAACAGUGUCAAGAUGUGGACAUCGUCAUCAGCACUGCUCUAAUCCCUGGAAGGCGCGCACCAAUCCUCAUCACCAAACCAAUGGUUGAAAGCAUGAAAGAUGGGUCGGUGGUGGUGGAUUUGGCUGCUGAGGCUGGAGGGAACAUCGAGACUACAGUUCCAGGAGAGCUUUCUGUGUACAAGGGAGUGACCCAUAUUGGCUUCACGGACCUGCCAAGCCGUCUGCCAACCCAGUCCAGCACUCUGUAUUCCAACAAUAUCACAAAGCUGAUGCGAGCUGUCAGUCCAGACAAGGAUAACUUUUUCAUGGAUGUGAAGGAGGUGUUUGAUUACGGAACCAUGGAUCAUGUUGUCAGAGGGUCUGUUGUCAUGCAGAAUGGAAGAAACCUGUUUCCUGCACCUCAGCCGAACAAUGUGCCUGUUGCAGCGCCUCCAAAACCAAAAUCUGUCAAAGAGUUAGAGGCAGAAAAGGCUGCUCAGGUGUCUCCCUUCAGGGCUACACUCACCACUGCCGGCGCUUACACUGGAGGUAUUGCCACCUUGAUGGGUCUCGGUCUGGCAGCUCCGAAUGCUGCUUUCUCUCAGAUGGUCACCACCUUUGGACUGGCUGGGAUUGUGGGAUACCACACUGUGUGGGGCGUUACUCCAGCCUUGCACUCUCCUCUCAUGUCUGUGACCAAUGCCAUCUCAGGGCUGACGGCUGUCGGAGGUUUGUCUCUAAUGGGAGGCGGAUACACUCCAUCAACGACUGCACAGACACUGGCUGUGCUCGCUGCCUUCAUCUCCUCAGUCAACAUUGCUGGUGGCUUCUUGGUGACUCAGAAGAUGUUGGACAUGUUCAAGCGUCCCACAGACCCUCCAGAGUACAACUACCUCUACCUUCUUCCUGGAGGCGUUUUCGUUGGCGGCUAUGCUGCCGCUCUGCAGUCGGGAUACAACAUUGAGCAGAUGAUGUACUUGGGCUCUGGUCUGUGCUGUGUCGGAGCCCUGGCUGGUCUGUCGAACCAGAGUACUGCCCGCUUGGGAAAUGCCUUGGGAAUGAUGGGAGUUGCAGGAGGAAUUGUUGCCACUUUGGGAGCUCUGAAGCCAAGUCCCGAGUUGCUGGCACAGAUGAGUGCAGCAAUGGCUGUUGGAGGGACAGCUGGUCUGACUAUUGCCAAGCGGAUCCAGAUCACUGACCUUCCCCAGCUGGUGGCAGCCUUCCACAGCUUGGUCGGGCUGGCUGCUGUGCUGACUUGUGUGGCUGAGUACAUGAUUGAGUAUCCUCACUUUGCCACCGACCCUGCCGCUAACCUCACCAAGAUAGUGGCAUACCUUGGAACCUACAUAGGUGGAAUCACUUUCAGCGGCUCACUGGUGGCGUACGGCAAACUGCAAGGGAUCCUCAACAGCGCUCCCCUGAUGCUUCCUGGACGGCACGCGUUGAACGCCAGCCUGAUGGCAGCCAGUGUUGGCGGGAUGAUUCCCUACAUGAUGGAUCCCAGCUACACCACAGGCAUCACUUGUCUCGGUUCCGUCUCGGCGCUUUCAGCAGUCAUGGGUGUAACUCUCACUGCUGCCAUUGGAGGCGCCGACAUGCCAGUGGUGAUCACCGUGCUGAACAGCUACUCUGGCUGGGCGCUGUGUGCAGAAGGCUUCCUGCUCAACAACAACCUGCUCACCAUCGUUGGAGCUUUGAUUGGCUCAUCUGGAGCCAUUUUGUCCUACAUCAUGUGUGUGGCCAUGAAUCGUUCUUUGGCUAAUGUGAUCCUGGGAGGCUACGGCACAUCUUCCACUGGAACUGGGAAGCCCAUGGAGAUCACAGGAACACACACCGAGGUCAAUGUGGAUCAGACUGUCGACAUGAUUAAAGAGGCCCAGAACAUAAUCAUCACUCCAGGUUACGGACUUUGUGCUGCAAAGGCUCAGUACCCAAUUGCAGAGCUGGUUAAGAUGCUGAAAGAUGCUGGAAAAAAUGUCAGGUUUGGAAUUCACCCAGUGGCUGGCCGUAUGCCUGGUCAACUCAACGUGCUGCUGGCUGAAGCUGGUGUUCCGUAUGACAUCGUCCUGGAGAUGGAAGAGAUUAAUGAAGACUUCCCCGAGACUGACUUGGUCCUGGUGAUUGGUGCCAAUGACACGGUGAACUCGGCGGCUCAGGAGGACCCCAACUCCAUCAUCGCUGGUAUGCCGGUGCUGGAGGUCUGGAAGUCGAAGCAGGUGGUUGUGAUGAAGCGGUCCUUGGGAGUGGGCUAUGCUGCGGUGGACAACCCCAUCUUCUACAAGCCCAACACAGCUAUGUUGCUCGGUGAUGCCAAGAAGACAUGCGACGCCCUGCAGGCCAAGGUCCGUGAGUCUACGAGCCAGUAAGACUCAGUCACUUGAAGGAGGGAGGAAAAAUGCAAAGCUCUCCAACAGAUGUGCGUGGUUGACCUUUUCCUGUCGUUUUCUUUCAAGAAGCGUCUUCACCUUAUUGACAAGCAAACCUUGGUAACCAACCUAAACAGACAUUUAUUUUUCUUUUCUAUUUCCCCGCUGAAGAUAGUAGAAGGAGGGUGCGUCAUCCUCCUUGUCAACAGUCAGAAAUGUAGGUUCGUAUAAAUGUCAAAUAGCUAAUGCGACAAUUGUGAUAUUUAAAAAAAAUGUAACAGUAAGACAUUUUAGUUUCAUUGUAAGAAAAGCAGAAAUCACCGUCAGCUGUAAACUCACUACAUUUUGAUGUAACGGAAACAGUGUUGCAUUUUUGCGCCUCACGGAUACUUACUUCUGUAACAACACACCGAUCUGAAAACACCACGUCAGUUGAGUGUGUUCGCUGAUCACACACAGCUCCAAACACAGUUAACUAUCGAAGUGAACUCAGGCAGCAGCAAUAAAACAACUGGGUAUAUUAUUGUCUGAGGUCAAAGCUGCCGUGCCCACGUUGGGUUAUUGACAUGUUUUUGGAGCAGAUGUGUUCUAGAUAUUGCAGCACAAUUAGCAUUUGGCUAGUUUUUUCUCCCCCCCUCCCCUCAUCCACUCCAAUAUCUGUGUCCGCAUUGUUUGUGUAAAUGAAGGAUGAUGUGUAAAGGAAUGUCCAAAGUGAAUGUGACUGUCAUUGGGUGUGGAGAGCCUGCAGUUGGGCACAACUCUGAAAUUUAGUACAUGGAUUCAACGUAAAUAAAUACUGCUCAUCGCUUUAGACACAAGUAGAGGUGCACAGAUGUUAAGCUACUGUAGGACAACUAACGUAAAAGUAUAUGAUUGAAAACCAGUAAUAGCCCCCACUAUACACUUGUCUUUCCACAGCUGAGCCAAUCCAAAUAAAAUCACUAGGCACAUCGGUGCGGGGAGUUUAGCUGCUGCUUGGGUUGGACUGCUGCCCUCCUUCCAUUCAUUCUUGCUUUCUUCAUUUUCACGGUCAGCAUUCAGACACUGAGGUGACUUUCCUGGUUCGUGGUCUGGGGAACAAAGUGUCUAUAUACAUGUACUGUAAGGAGUGGAAUGCUGAGGUGAUUCCUGCUGAGCUAUCUGUACAUUUGUAUCAUUUUCACUGUGGGACCUGAUGUGUUGACCAACUCUCCUACCUCACCUCUCCAUAAAAUGACCAACUUAUUGUCUCAAUUUUUCCACUUCCGCCAUUUUUGCUGAACCAGAUUUUGACCAACUGCAGUCCAGUCGGUGCACAUUGCCUCGCUAGCCAUCGAGCCUCAGUCUGCUUGUUUUCUGUCACUGCGUGGAGCCCAGUCGACUUAGAUCCAACGGUAAAAUCUGACUGGAAUGGUCUGCUUUAUAUUUCUAUUCGGCCUGCAUUUUGAAAAUUUUACAAAGGGAAGACUUGUGCAGCGCUACCAUGAAUUGAAGGUGUAUAGAGUUAUAGGAAGAUGAAAUGAACUGUGAAUGUUUUUUUCCCAUUUUAUGUUCAUGGACUUUUCAUCCCUAAUAAACGUAUAUUUACACUUGA